GGGGAUUUUCUGCCGUCAUCUGUUCCAAAUUACGGUGGCUUUAGGGAGCUCUUUGGCCAGUUUCCACCGCAACCCGCCAGCUCCCAAACCCGCGCAACUGGGAGGUGGGGCCUCGUGGUGGUAGUGGCCAGGGCACGGUGCAUCACUCUCAGAGUACUCGGGUGAAGGGACAGUGCAGCCACCACCCUCUGCUCCUGCUCUACUGGGACGGGCUGCCCCUCGCGGGGUCUGCAGCUCCCAAAUUUGCUUUGCAGGUGGAUGCGUCACAAUGACAGCGAAGAAGAAUCAGGCUCUGCAGAAUGGAAGUGCCAAGGAGAACGUGCUGCAGAGGGUUCUGCAGCUGCCGGUGGUGAGCUCGACCUGCGAAAGCAUCCAGCGCACCUACGCCAGCACCAAGGAGGCCCACCCGCUCAUGGCCUCGGUGUGUGAGGUCUACGAGCGGGGCGUGCAGGGUGCCAGUGCCUUGGCCAUAUGGAGUGUGGAGCCCGUGGUGCGCAGGCUGGAGCCUCAGUUUGCUGUGGCUAACAACCUGGCUUGCCGGGGCUUGGACCACCUGGAGGAGAAGAUCCCUGCCCUCCAGUACCCUGUUGACAAGCUUGCAUCUGAACUGAAGGGCACCAUCUCCUCCCCGCUCCAAAGUGCCAAAAGCACCAUUGGCAACUCCGUGGAUAAGAUCAUGGAACUGGCAGCGGAGGGCUUUGAGGCCACCAAGAGCACGGUGGAAACGACAGCAAGGUACACAAGGAAGAACUCGGUGAGCCAGAUGGCAGCCGCAGGAGUCGACACAGCCCUGGGAGGGCUGGAGAAGCUGAUGGAGUACCUGCUGCCAGAGGAGGAUGAAGAAGCAGAUCAGAAGUCCAAAGAGACAUGCAGGUCAGCAGCAAAGGUGUCCCAGCAGCAGCCCAGCGCUCCCAGCACUACCAGUGCUCCCAGCACCCUGGGCCGGAUCAGUGCCUUGGUUAGCACCGUCUCCCACCGCGCUUAUCAGCAAACCAGCCAAAGCCUCCACCGUGCCAAAGUCAAAGGGCAGGAGCUGGCCACCUGGAUCCCCAUCCUGGGCAGCCUGGCCAAGCCGAGUGCACCUGAGGUGCCGCGGGUCCACGGUGAUGGGCAGAGCACCACGGCUGGCUGGCUGAGCCGGCGGCAGAGCAAAGUGCCGGAGCAGAAGCAGGAGAAGGCGGGGAAGAAAGACAGCAACCACACCAAGGAGGCGGGCGAAGACCCCGGGCUGGUGGGCAGCGUGGCUCACAACCUGCAAAGCGCCUGCGCCUCGGGCAUCUCCAGUGUGAAGAAGGUCCCAGCCGUGGCCUGGGAUGCGGCAGAGGGGUUGAUCCUCUUCACUCCCCGCAGGCUGUCAAAGGCCAUGGAGACAGUGGAUGCUCUCGGGGGGACCCUCGUCAGUGCCCCCAAGCAUCUGCUGGGCACCCUGUACAGCUACGUGCCGCUCCGCAGGCAGUCAGUGAAGGAAGAGGAGGCAGCCAAGGCAAGCAAGCCCAGCCCGGAGACGGAGCAAACAGAGGAGGAUUCCAAGCCUGCCACUCCCUCCACUGAGGAGAAAUCCCAGCUGAGGAACGACUGGCGGCUGUACCGGGGCCAUCACCCCCUCUCCUUCCUGGGGCUCGAGGACCCCCUCUUCCUACGGCACAACCUCUACCGCAGCCCUGCCUUCGAGCCCGAGUGCCCCCUCCCACGGAAAUCCGCUUUUGCCCCUUACAACAGGCGGGUGAGCGAGGGCUCCUACCGCUUCAGCCCUGAGGCCAUGUACAGCCGGGUUUACUACAGCAACCUCUACGGUCCUACCUUCAAGAAGGACUGAGCCGGUGGGGAGAACAAGCACAUCCCAGCCCCCUCUCUAAUCCCCCCACAGCACGCUUUGCCCGGGCCCCUGCCAGCCACUCACAUGCACCCGUGUACCCGGCCAGGAGCUCAAAAUGGUAAACAUGUCAUGGGAGGUCUUCUGGAGUGCAUCAGGGCCAGGGAGGGGAAUAAAGGCAGCCAAAAGCCCUGUUGGUGGCAGGAGGUGGGACCAGAAAGGUUAAGAUGACGUGGAAAGAAUGAGACCAGGAAAGAGAAAAAGGGACCAGCCAGGCCUUGCACUGGGCUGCCCUGGCUCCCGCUGAGCAGAUAUUGUGGACUUAGAUGGGCUACACAUUGAGAACAGCUCUGAGACAGAGCAGGGAAGAGAGCAAAGCCAUCAGACAUCACCAUAGUAAGCCUGGUUCCCCAUCCUUCCCUCCUCCAUCCCCCCCUUGCAGGGCCCAUCCCUGGACACAGAUUGCUCCUCCAUGGAGGAGCUGAGGGCUCCCCACCGACCAGCAGGACUCACGAGUUGGAAAGCCCUGGGCACCCACUCCCUGCUGACGGUGGGACGGAUGGUGGGGUCAGGAAGAUCGGUGAGAACAGGUGGAGCUCCUGCAGCCCCUCUCCCACGGGACUGCCUGGCUUCCCGCAACACCUUGUUGUAUCCACUGCAAUAAUAAACCUUCCCAA